UGCGAGGGCGCACUGAGGGGUUCAGUUGGUGGAGGCGUUGGUCAUGUAACCAUGAAGAACAUGAAUUAUUAUUAUAUUAACAAAACAUGAAACGUCUGGGCCCUUUAUUUUACCAUCAAUAGUGAAAUGGUAGAAUAAGAGGAGACAAAUUGGAUCGCGCACCCGUGGAGCGACGUCGCUGCCCGAUAAGCAGAAAAAAAUAUACAACUUUGGAUUUCUUUCUUUUCUGUUUCUAUUAACGCACUUGAUCCGUGAGGAACAUGUCGACUGGACAAGACGAAAGUUCCGUGCGAGUGGCUUUAAGAAUUCGACCACAGUUAGCAAAGGAGAAAAUUGAAGGAUGCCACAUUUGCACCUUUGUGACCCCAGGUGAACCCCAGGUGGUUCUGGGUAAGGACAAGGCCUUCACAUAUGACUAUGUGUUUGACAUGGACUCCCAGCAGGACGCCAUCUACAGCAACUGCACCGAGAAGCUGAUUGAAGGCUGCUUUGAAGGCUACAACGCCACCAUCUUCGCGUACGGCCAGACGGGCUCAGGGAAGACGUACACCAUGGGCACGGGCUUCGACGUGAGCAUCAGCGAGGAGGAACACGGCAUCAUCCCGCGGGCCGUCAGCCACCUGUUCCGGGGCAUCGAGGAGAGGCAGCGGGCGGCGGCCGAACAGGGCCGCCCCGUGCCCGAGUUCAAGAUCAACGCCCAGUUCUUAGAGUUGUACAACGAGGAGGUCCUGGACCUGUUUGACACCACGCGGGACGUGGAAGCCAGAAAGCAGAAGUCCAACAUUAGGAUCCACGAAGACGCCACGGGGGGCAUCUACACCGUGGGAGUCACCACGCGAACCGUCACCUCUGAAGCUGAGAUGAUGCAGUGUCUGAAGCUGGGGGCCCUGUCCCGUACCACCGCCAGCACACAGAUGAAUGUCCAGAGUUCGCGCUCCCAUGCCAUCUUCACCAUCCACCUGUGCCAAGUCCGCGUCUGCAGCCCCACCGACAACAAUGAGAUGGACAACAGGCUGACCGAGGGCUCCUCCGAGAUGGAUGAGUUUGAAACGCUCACGGCCAAGUUUCACUUCGUGGACUUGGCCGGCUCCGAGCGCCUGAAGAGAACUGGAGCGACAGGGGACAGAGCCAAAGAGGGCAUCUCCAUCAACUGCGGACUGCUGGCGCUGGGCAAUGUGAUCAGCGCUCUGGGAGACAAGAGCAAGCGCUCCACACAUGUGCCUUACCGCGACUCCAAGCUCACGCGUCUCCUCCAGGACUCCCUGGGAGGGAACAGUCAGACGGUGAUGAUCGCCUGCAUCAGUCCCUCGGACAGGGACUUCAUGGAGACGCUGAACACCCUGAAGUACGCCAACCGGGCGCGCAACAUCAAGAACAAGGUGGUGGUGAACCAGGACAGGGCCAGCCAGCAGAUCAGCGCCCUGCGCACCGAGAUCGCCCGCCUGCAGAUGGAGCUGAUGGAGUAUAAGACGGGCAAGCGCGUGGUCGGCGAGGAUGGCCUCGAGUGCGUCAACGACAUGGUGCACGAGAACUCCAUGCUGCAGACGGAGAACGGGAACCUGCGCGUGCGCGUCAAGGCCAUGCAGGAGACCAUCGACGCCCAGCGUGCACGCCUCACCCAGCUGCUGAGCGAGAGGGCCAGCCAGACCCUGGCCAGGGCAGGGGAAGGAAAUGAGGAGAUUGGCAACAUGAUCCAGAACUACAUCAAAGAGAUCGAAGAGCUCAGGGCCAAGCUGCUGGAGAGUGAGGCCAUGAAUGAGAACCUGCGUAAGAGCCUGUCCCGCGCCUCCGCCCGCUCCGCCCUGUACGGAGGCCCGCCCGCCUCCCUGCCGCCCGCCAUCCUGGCCCCGGAGAAGGAGGCCUGUGACCUCAUCGAGCUCGCCAAGAGGGACCUGGAGAAGCUGAAGAAGAAAGAGAAGAAGAAGAAGAAAAGACUUCAGCAGAUGGCAGAGUGUGGCCGCGAAGACUCUGAGCAUGAGAGUGUGGUCAAGGAGGAGGGACCUGACAACGAUCAGGACAAAGACACUUCCGACAGAGCCAACGAGGACGCCGAUGUGGAAGGAAGCGAACACGAGGAGGGAGAUGACGGGGAGGGCGAGGAAGAGGAGGAUGAGAUGGAGGCUGAGGAGAGCUCGGACGAGUCCGACUCAGAGCUGGAUGAGAAGGAGAGCUUCCAGGCUGACCUGGCUAACAUCACGUGCGAGAUCGCCAUCAAGCAGAAGCUGAUUGACGAGCUGGAGAACAGCCAGAGGCGCCUGCACACGCUGAAGCAGCAGUACGAACAGAAACUCCUGAUGUUGCAGAGCAAGAUUCGUGACACGCAGCUGGAGAGGGACCGCGUGCUACACAGCAUGGGCUCGGUGGAGACGUGCACGGAGGAGAAAGCGAAGAAGAUCAAGGUGGAGUACGAGAGGAAGCUGAGCUCUAUGAACAGGGAGCUGCAGAGGCUGCAGUCAGCCCAGAAGGAGCACGCACGCCUGCUCAGGAACCAGUCGCAGUACGAGAAACAGCUCAGGAAGCUGCAGCAGGAGGUGUCCGAGAUGAAGAAGACAAAGGUGGGACUGAUGAAGCAAAUGAAGGAGCAACAGGACAGGAGCCGGGCCUCCGAAACGCGGCGCAACCGUGAGAUCGCCUCCCUCAAGAAGGACCAGCGCAGACAGGAGCACCUGCUACGGCAGCUGGAGGCCCAGAAGAGACAACAGGAGCUCAUCCUGCGCAGGAGAACAGAAGAGGUAACGGCUCUGAGGCGCCAGGUCCGACCCGCCUCGGGGAAGGUGAGCCGUAAGGUCAGCUUACCUGAGCCUCUGCAUGAGCCCGCCCCCCGUAGCGGACCGAACCGGCCGCACACCGCCGGACCCGCAGCGCACAAUGGAACCAGGAAGUCCCAGCUGAGAGCAGGGGCCGUGUACUCCACCAAGACAGCCCGGGCCAAGUGGCAGACUCUGGAGCGCCGCGUUAGUGACAUCAUCAUGCAGAGAAUGACCAUCUCCAACAUGGAGACGGAUAUGAACCGUCUCCUCAAGCAACGGGAGGAGCUGACCAAGCGCAGGGAGAAGGUGCUGAGGAAGAGGGCCAAGGUCGCAGCGGAGGGCGCGGACAGCGAGCGCGCGGGGCUGUCCCUCGGCGAGGAGGCGGAGUCCCUCACCGCCAACAUCGACUACAUCAACGACAGCAUCGCCGAAUGCCAGGCCAACAUCAUGCAGAUGGAGGAGGCCAAGGAGGAGGGCGACACCGUGGACGUUUCCGCGGUGAUCAGCUCGUGCACCCUGUCGGAGGCUCGCUUCCUGCUCGACCACUUCCUCUCCAUGGCCAUCAACAAGGGCCUGCAGGCGGCACAGAAGGAGGCGCAGGUCAAAGUGAUGGAGGGUCGGCUGAAGCAGACGGAGAUCAACAGCGCCGCCCAGAACCAGCUGCUCUUCCACAUGCUGAAGGAGAAAGCCGAACUGAACCCGGAGCUGGACGCACUGCUGGGGAACGCGCUGCAGGAGCUCGGUAGCACGGCCGCGGAGAACGGAGACGAGAGCAGCAGUGAUGAGUCUGACCGGAGCCCGGCCACUGAGGGCAGUUCUUUGGCCUCAGACCUGAUGAAGCUAUGCGGGGAGUCCAGGCCCAGGAGUAAGGCCCGUCGUAGAACCACAACCCAGAUGGAGCUGCUGUACGCGAACAGCGCUGAUCCGGACACACCUCCGCACGACUUCUCGACCCCCCUCCUGCCUGUGGCCCCACGGGUCCCGGAGGCCAGCGGGGACCCAGCAGCACGUGGGGGAGACGAAGACCUGCCAUCGCCCUCUGGUGCCACGUACAGGCCUGCCCCCGUCUCCAGUGUGAGGCCUCCCGCAGCGGCAGAGAGGAGAUCAGCAGAGCGUUCGCCGCUCACACGCAGACGCGUGCAGGAGAGAACUCAGACCCUCGGGGACAAGCCCAAGGGCCCCGACGGCAAACAGGCUGAGGACGCUGUGGCGUUAGAGACUCACAGGGGAGUGAUCGGUCCAGUGUCGUGCCCCAAGGCAGCUCAGGCCGCCAGGCUGCAGUGUGUGUACGCCGCAGAGGGGCACGCCAAAGCCGUCCUGUGUGUGGACUCCACCGACGACCUGCUCUUCACGGGUUCCAAGGAUCGUACCUGCAAGGUGUGGAACCUGGUGACAGGACAGGAAAUCAUGUCCCUCGGCGAGCAUCCUGGCGCCGUGGUCUCCGUCAAGUACUGCUCCAGCCUGGUGUUCACCGUCUCCACCACCUACGUCAAAGUGUGGGACAUCCGCGACUCAGCCAGGUGCAUUCGCACCCUCACGUCCUCUGGCCAGGUAUCUCAGGGAGAUGGCUGUGCUGCUCUGGGCAACCGAAUAGCUGCCAUCCCUCCUGGGGAGAACCAGAUCAACCAGAUAGCCCUUAAUCCCUCUGGAACGUUCUUGUAUGCUGCGGCGGGCAACUCAGUCAGGAUGUGGGAUCUGAGAAGGUUCGUUUCUACGGGAAAACUUACAGGUCAUCUGGGGCCAGUCAUGUGUCUAGCAGUGGACCAGGUGGGGAACGGGCAAGAUGUGGUCAUUACAGGCUCCAAGGACCAUAACAUGAAGAUGUUUGAUGUGGUGGAGGGGGCCCAGGGGAGCAUCACCUCUACUCACACCUUUGAGGCAGCCCACCAGGACAGCUUGGAGGCCCUGACCACGCUGGGGGAUUCGGCAUACAGUGCCAGCAGAGACCUCUGCAUCAAGAGAUGGGACCUCUCCCGCAAACAGCUCCAGCGGCAGGUAGACAAAGUGCACUCAGACUGGGUGAGUGCCCUAGCACUGGUUCCAGCCUCCCGGGUUCUACUGAGCACGUGCAGAGGAGGCCUGCUGAAGCUGUGGCACUCGGAGACACUCAGACCUCUGGGGGAGCUGAGGGGACACAACAGUGCCAUCAACGGCCUCUCUGCCAACAGCACUCAUCUCUUCACUGCCUCAGAAGACCGCACAGUCAGGAUCUGGCAAAUCAAAGGUUCCCUGGACGACGGGCUCUACUGACCCAAGCAUGGGACGAGACAUGCAGGACACGCGAGACUCGCGAGACGCUGAGCCACUUCAGCCACACAGAAGAAGAAUGCCACCACUCGUUGUCGGCCAUUUUGUUUCUUACGGCUCUGCUGGUUUCCUCACUAAGUGCUUGCGCGCUAAAUCUCUGCUCUAUCAAAACGCAAUGCCACCCGCGAGCUUCUGUAUCUGAUGGAGAAGAGGGCACCGUGGCGUCGCGUCCGAGUGCCCUGCCCCUGUGUGCCCUCUAGUGUGCAGUCUUAUUGCAGCUGCCACUGGUGAUUGCAGUGUCAGACAGGUUUAGGUGGUGUGUGUGUAGCUGGAGCAGGGACCGAAGCUGGGCUUUGGGUUUAGUAAGCACUCCAUCACCCGUGAGCCUUGAGCCAAUGUCUACGUGUGUUACCGUGACUUCGUAUUUACCGAAAUGGACCAACAUGCUGUUAACUUGAACGGAUGCUGAUGUCAGUACUUUUCAGUGGUUGGUGACCAAAGUGAAAAAUCGUUUGUAUUAGUGCUGUUGCUGUAAAGGCAAACAAAAAAAAAACCCCCCAGCGCAUCAGUGUAUCUUCACAGUAAGCUUCAUUUCUGCUGGUACAAAUCCUAGUGGACCCAGGUUAGAAACAAUGCCAUAUCUUCUGUAUUUGUGAUGGAUGUUACUACGGUUGUGUCAGGUUUUAAAGUGUUUUAAAUGUAGACACACUCUUACACAUGCACACGCACAUUGUGUCUCUUUGGUCAGAAAGGUUUGAGUCGUACACGCUGUAAUCUGCUGUGUUUGAAACCCUGUCUUAACCGUGCCUGUUUAGUGCUGUAUGCAACUCCAGGUCAAUACAUCUCAUGUGUGAAUUAAAGGAUGCUCCUGUGUCUC